AUGGUUCGGUUCGGUAUUGAUAUAUUAUUGGAACAACAACCUUCGUGGAAAUUAACAAAUAUCGGACUUGUUACAAAUAAUGCUGCUACGACUUCUAAUGGUAUACUUUCACGUAAAGCACUUCUAGAUGCAGGUUUCAAUAUCAAAAGGUUAUUCUCCCCGGAACAUGGACUCGAUGUAAAUGGUGCCGAUGGAGAUGCCAUCAAAGAUGUAUCUGAUACUGUAACUGGUUUACCAGUAACCAGUUUAUAUGGAGAAAAACUAGUUCCUUCACAAUCAGAUCUGAUGCAUAUUGACAUUCUACUUUUUGACAUACCUGAUGUUGGUAGUCGAUUUUAUACUUAUUUGUGGACGAUGACCUAUGUAAUGGAAGCGGCUGCACAAUAUAGUAAAAUAUUGAUAAUAUUAGAUAGGCCUAAUCCGAUUUCAGGUAAUCUUCAACUAGCAGAAGGCCCAAUGCUUGAUAUGACUACUACAUCGUUUCUUGGUCGGUGGCCAUUACCUAUACGACAUAGUUGCACAUUGGGUGAACUAGCAAUUUAUUUCAAUACUACACAAAAUAUAAAAGUAUCCUUGGAAAUAGUACCAUGUUCAGGAUGGAACCGGAAUAUGUUUCAACCAGAUUGGCUUUUACCUUUUGUACCUACCUCUCCUGCUAUGCAGAGCUUUGAAAGUAUGUUAUUAUACCCGGGAAUUUGUUUGUUGGAAGCAACCAAUGUGAAUGAAGGGCGAGGAACUUCUCUUCCUUUUUGUACUCUUGGUGCACCUUGGAUUGAUGGAAAAGCUCUGGCCACCGCUUUCAAUCAAUCGCGACAUACUGGUGUCAAGGCAACAAGCACGAGUUAUAUCCCUAGAGAAGGAAACUAUAAACAUGAAACUUGUCAUGGUAUCAAAUUAGAGAUUUCAGCACCGAAGGAGAUUCGUUCUGUCAUAAAUGGUCUGCUAAUUAUACAAUUGAUUCGUACAAUGUAUCCAGAUCAUUUUAGUUGGAGACCCUAUCCUACCAAUGUCAAUCCUUCAGGUGCCUUUCACUUGGAUAGAUUAUUGGGCAUUAGUAAUAGCGAAUCAUUGUUUGAUCUACCUUUUCUUGCUUUCAUCGAUAAAAUUAAACAAAUGACCCACAUCCAUGAUUGGAAACAGCAGAUUAGUAAUUAUUUGAUUUACUAG